AUGGCAGUGAUUCCUAGGCUUCGUGCAGGCUUCCGCCGAACGACGGCCGAGGAAGCAGCGACUGACAUCGCUGUGCAUACACUUGAGGAGAACAAGAAUGUCACAGGCGUCAGCGAUGCUGCUGUUCGGGAAAACGACGCUGAUUUGAAGCCAUGGCCGGAACUCCCUUCCGGAGAUGCUCAGCAGGGUGUCAAGACAAUCGAGGCGGUUACGCUGACCUGGUCCAAGGCGUCCCUUGUUGCGGUCUUCCUCCUGAUGUGGUUGCUUUACUUCGUCAACGCUUUUCAGGCCUCGAUUCUCUACAAUUUAAUACCCUAUGUCACGAGCGAUUUCGAAACUCAUUCGCUCUUGACUGUCAUUUACAUCGUUGCGAAUGCCAUGUCCGCUGCAAUUUACAUUCCCUUGGCGAAGCUGCUGGAUGUUUGGGGCCGAGCCGAGGGCUUUCUUGUCAUGACGGCUUUUGCUACGCUGGGAUUGAUUCUCAUGGCAACCAGCCACGGAAUCUCCACAUUCUGCGCCGCGGAGGUUUUUUACACUAUCGGAUUCGGAGGAAUGACGUAUAGUGUGGAUGUCAUCACCGCCGAUGCGUCUAAACUAAAGAAUCGUGGCUUGGCGUAUGCAUUUACAUCAUCUCCAUACAUGAUAACGGCAUUCGCUGGCCCAAAGGCUUCCGAGAGCUUUUAUACUCAUGUCAAUUGGCGAUGGGGGUUCGGGUGUUUUGCCAUUAUCUUGCCUUUCGUCGCUGCUCCCCUAUUCGUGGUCUUGAAGGUGAACCUGCACAAGGCCAAGAAGCAAGGCAUUCUAUUCAGAGAAAGGAGUGGCAGGACGCUACUUCAAAAUGUCCAGCAUUACGUCGUAGAAUUUGAUGCUCUCGGGGUCAUCUUGUUCGCUAGCGGUCUUACGGUGUUUUUGCUUCCGUUUACUCUCGCCGACACCGCGCCCAAAGGUUGGUCGUCAGGUUACAUAAUUGCCAUGAUAGUGGUCGGAUUCGCAGUAUUGGCCAUGUUCGGCGUCUAUGAAGCCAUGCUGGCCCCGAAGCCAUUCAUCAAUUUCAGUCUCCUGUCCGAUCGGACUGUGAUUGGAGGCUGCCUCCUCUGCAUGACAUACCAGAUUUCAUAUUAUUGUUGGAACAGCUACUUCACCUCCUUCUUGCAGGUAGUUAAUAACCUGAGCGUAUCCAAGGCUGGUUACGUUGGCAGCACAUUUGAUGUGGUCUCGGGAGUACUCUUGCUGUUCGUCGGUUUGUUGAUUCGCAAGACAGGCUAUUUCAAGUGGAUUCUCUUCUUUGCCGUUCCACUCUAUAUCCUCGCUCAGGGCUUGAUGAUAUACUUCCGACGCCCCAAUGGAUACAUCGGCUAUAUCGUCAUGUGUCAAGUCUUCAUCUCCGUCGGUGGAAGCAUCUUCAUCAUUUGCGAACAAAUCGCCGUUUUGGCCGCCGUCGACCAUCAGCAUAUUGCUGCUGGCUUGGCUCUUCUGUAUGUGGCUGGGAAUGUUGGGGGCGCGGUGGGUAAUACGAUCUCUGGUGCAAUCUGGACGAACACAUUCAGAAAGGCGCUGGAGAAGAACCUUCCCGAAUCCACCCUGCCUGACGUGGAGGAUAUUUACAACAGUUUGGACGUCCAGCUCAGUUAUGAGGUUGGGAGCCCUGAGAGGCUGGGUAUCCAGCAGGCAUACGGUUAUGCCCAGACGAGAAUGCUAGCUGCUGGAACGGGAAUCAUGGCUCUGUCUUUCAUUUGGAUCCUCCUGAUCCGAAAUAUCAAUGUCGCCAAAACAUCGCAGGUCAAGGGUAUGGUGUUGUAA